AUGGCCUUGCUCCAAACUCACUCACUUCACGUAGGAACUCUUCCUUCCACCUUCAAAUCACAUUCUUCACUUCCUUUUUUUCAUUUCCUCGUUCUUCUUUCAAAACCCAUCAAGAAAGUUCUCUCUUUUCUACCACUAGCACAGCCAAGAACAGACCUUUUUCGCUCUCUACGCAACAAAGAAGACUGCUUUGCAGACCCCCUCAAGGAAAGCACAUUAGACAAGACUAUCUUGUGGAUGUUGUUGAAUUGUAAAAAGUUGUCAGCCGAGGAGAUACAGGAGCUAGUAAAGGGAGAAAGACAAGUGCCCCUUAUAAUUGAUUUCUAUGCAACAUGGUGUGGACCCUGUGUUAUGAUGGCCCAAGAACUUGAAAUGCUUGCUGUGGAAUAUGAGAGUAAUGUAAUGAUUGUUAAGGUCGAUACAGAUGACGAGUAUGAAUUUGCACAAGACAUGCAGGUUCGAGGCUUGCCAACAUUGUUUUUCAUCAGUCCAGAUCCGAAUAAGGAUGCGCUGCGGACCGAAGGGCUCGUCCCAAUACAGAUGAUGCGAGAUAUCAUUAACAAUGAAAUGUGA